AUGGCGGCCUUCGACGAGGGCGGCAUCACCAACCCGCCUCUGGCAGACAGCUAUCGCACGCUGCUCCAGAGAGACGAGCUCGGCGGCGGCUUUGUGCCUGCGCCGCGGGCGCUGGCGCAGGAUAGCCUGGCCAUGAUGGAGCGCGACCUGCCAAUGAUCGACUUGAAGCGCCUGACGAGCGGCGAUGCGAGGGAGAGGAACCCGUUCCAUACCAAGGAGAAGGCCGGACUCCUCAACGGCUCGUACCGGUGGGGCAACCCGACGGCCACAUCGCUCCGCCAGCUCUCCUGGUCGGAGGCCUUCCACGUUCCGCUCGCUAGCAUCUCGGAGGAAGACGACGACGAGCUUGCAGAGCUCAGGUCCUUGAGCAAAGUGAUGCAGGAGGUGGCGGACGCCAUGUCGCGGGUGGCGGACACAGUGGCCGGGACGCUGGCGAAAAACCUCGGGCACGAGUCGUCGACGUUCCCCGCAGCCGCAGGGUGCGACUGGACGACGUGUUUCUUGCGGCUGAACAGGUACCCGCCAUGUCCGUUCGUGCCGCACACGUUCGGCAUGGUGCCACACACGGACAGCGACUUCCUCACCGUCCUCUGCCAGGACCAGGUUGGAGGCUUGGAGCUCAUGAGGGACUCCCACUGGGUCGCCGUGAAACCCCGCGCUGACGCUCUCAUUGUCAACGUAGGUGAUUUAUUUCAGGCAUGGAGCAACAACAGGUACAAGAGCGUGGAGCACAGGGUGGUGGCCAACUCCAAGGCGGAGCGCUUCUCCGUCGCCUACUUCAUGUGCCCGUCGUGGGACUCGCCCGUCGGCACAUGCGCUGAGCCGUCGCCGUACAAGCCGUUUACGUUCGGGGAGUACAGGUGCAAGGUGCAGGAUGAUGUGACGCGAACGGGGAAGAAGAUUGGUCUGCCCAACUUUCUCAAAGGAUGUACUGUUGACAGCCUGACUGAAUGA